ACACGUGACGCCCAUCGGCUGAGAGAGGGUGGCUGCUUGCCUGCCCGUCAUAUUGCUUUAAUCUUGCUCAUGUUAACGGUUCCUCCUCAUUUUAUCGCAGUCUCUCUCAGUGAGCAGCCGUGAACUUAAUCUUUCUCUACAUGCACUCUGAUCCCUUUUCCUUGAUAUACUUGUUGGAACACUUUAUCCUCAUUUUCUUCUCUUUCAUUUAUACUUUUAUAACUACAUACUGUAUUGAGCAGAACUCGUUUUAAUCACGGAAUCGAUAAGGUCUCCAGUCUACUAUGGAUGAGGAGAGAGAGGAGGGGGCUCCUACCUCUAAAACCCCUUUGCCUGGGGAACAUGGCUGCCAGAGCAAAGCUAAGAGAAGGAGGCAGGAGAGGGCAGACUCCCCUGGACCCAGCUGUGUCUCCAUGAAGAGUGACAGCUCUAUGGGAUCUGCUGCUGUCGAGUGCCAACAUAUAAUCAAGUCUAAUUUGAAGAGGAAGUUCUGGUGUAUGUUUGAGGGAAUCCCUAAAGCAGGACUUUCAACACCUCUGAAUGAGUUCUACACAGAGAUCAUCAUCACAAAGAGAGGCAGCGGAGAGGUCAACCAGGAACAUGAGAUCAGACAGAUUGAAACAGCUUCCAGGAAACCAGUCAAGGAGGAAACACCGAUCAAAUGUGGAGACAUCUUUAAACCCCUACCUGGACAAGAUAAACCAAUCAGGACAAUAAUGACAACUGGAGUGGCCGGCAUUGGUAAAACCGUCUUGACACACAAGUUCACUCUGGACUGGGCUGAAGGCAAAGCCAACCACGACAUACACUUCACAUUUCUCCUCACUUUCAGAGAGCUGAAUUUACUGAAAGGGAAAGAGUUUAGCUUGGUGGAACUUCUUCAUCACUUAUUUAUUGAGACCAAAGAAGCAGGAAUCUGCAGAUACGACCGGUUCCAAGUUGUCUUCAUCUUGGAUGGAUUGGAUCAGUGUCUACUUCCUCUGGACUUUCAAUACACACCGUUCUGGACUGAUGUCACAAAGUCCACCUCGGUGGAGGUGCUGCUGACAAACCUCAUCAGGGGCGUCCUGCUUCCCUCUGCUCACAUCUGGAUAACCACACGCCCUGCGGCACUCUAUCAGAUCCCUGCCGAGUAUGUUGACGUGAUGACAGAGGUCAGAGGAUUCACCGACCCACAGAAGGAGGAGUACUUCAGGAAGAGAUUCAGAGAGGAGACACUGGCCAGCACAAUCAUCUCCCACGUCAAGAAAUCAAGAAGCCUCCACAUCAUGUGUCACAUCCCAGUCUUCUGUUGGAUCACUGCUACAGUUCUGGAGGACAUCAUCAAAACAUCCCAGAUAGGAGAAGAGACUCCCAAAGCCGUGACUCAGAUAUACUGCCGCUUCCUGAGGGUUCAGUCCAUGCAGGGGGACAGGAAGUAUCGUUUGACAGCUGAAACAGAUCCACACUGGAGUUCACAGAGCAGGCACAUCAUUGUUUUACUGGGAAAACUGGCUUUUAACCAGCUGGAGAGUGGCAAUCGGAUCUUCUACGAGAAAGACCUGGCAGAGUGUAAAGAAUAUAGCCACGAAGCCUCAGUGUACUCAGGAUUGAUCACCCAGAUCGACACCAAGUGUGUGCUGUACCAGGACAAGGAGUUCUGCUUUGUCCAUCUGAGCCUCCAGGAGUUUCUGGCUGCCCUUUAUGUAUUGUGGUCCUUCAUCCAUACUGGUGUCAAUCUGCUCUUAGAAGAACAACCAACCUCCGGUGAUGAUAAACUCCUCCUCCUCUACCAGAGUGCUGUGGAUAAGGCCUUAGAGAGUAAGAACGGACACCUGGACUUGUUCCUCCGCUUCCUCCUGGGCCUCACUCUGGAGCCCAAUCAGAUUCUCCUACAAGAUCUGCUGAGACAGACAGUAGCUAGUAGCUCGCAUACCAACAAGGAAACCGUGUCUUACAUCAAGGGCAAGAUAGGUGGAGAUCUCUCUCUAGAGAGAAGCAUCAAUCUGUUCCACUGUCUGAAUGAGUUGAAUGACCGUUCUCUAGUGGAGGACAUCCAACAGUCCCUGACAUCAGGAAGUCUCUUCGAAACACAUGUCUCUCCUGCUCAGUGGUCAACUUUGGUCUUCAUCUUACUGUCAUCAGAAGAGGAGCUGGAUGUGUUUCACCUGAAGGAAUACUCUGCUUCAGAGGAGGGACUUCUGAGGCUGCUGCCAGUGGUCAAAGCGUCCAAAACAUCUCUGCUGAAUGACUGUGGUCUGUCAGAGGAAUGCUGUGAAGCUCUGGCCUCAGUUCUCAGCUCCAACUCCUCUAGUCUGAGAGAGCUUGACCUGAGUUCCAAUGAUCUGAAGGAUUCAGGAGUGAAGCUGCUCUCUGCUGGAAUGGGGAGUCCAGACUGUACACUGGAAACUCUCAGGCUGCGUGGCUGUCAUCUGUCAGAGAGAUGCUGUGAAGCUCUGGCCUCAGUUCUCAGCUCCAACUCCUCUAGUCUGAGAGAGCUGGACCUAAGUACCAAUGACCUGCAGGAUUCAGGAGUGAAGCUGCUCUCUGCUGGACUGGAGAAUCCACACUGUACACUGGAAACUCUCAGGCUAAAUGGCUGUCAUCUGUCGGAGAGAUGCUGUGAAGCUCUGGCCUCAGUUCUCAGCUCCAAAUCCUCUAGUCUGAGAGAGCUGGACCUGAGUACCAAUGAUCUGCAGGAUUCAGGAGCGAGGCUGCUCUCUGUUGGACUGGGGGAUCCACACUGUACACUGGAAAUUCUCAGCUUGUCUGGCUGCCUGGUCACACAGGAAGGCUGUGCUUCUCUGGUCUCAGCUCUGAGCUCGAACCCCUCCCAUCUGAGAGAGCUGGACCUGAGCUACAAUCACCCAAGACACUCAGGAGCUGCGCUGCUCUCUGCUCGACUGGAGGAUCCACACUGGAGAUUGGACACUCUCAGUGUGGAGCACGGUGGAGUGUGGAGGCUGAUACCAGCUCUUAAGAAGUAUGCCUGUGAACUAACACUGGACCCAAACACAGCCCACAGACAACUCUCUCUGUCUGAGGACAACAGAAAGGUGACGGGGGUUCAAGAGGACCAGUCGUAUCCGUAUCACCCAGAAAGAUUUGACCGCUGGUCCCAGGUGUUGUGUAAAGAGGGUCUGACUGGUCGCUGUUACUGGGAGGUAGAGAGGAAAGGAGAUGUUUCUAUAGGAGUGACAUACAGACCGAUCACAAGAAGAGGACGGGGUAAUGACAGCAGGCUUGGAUGGAACAACAAGUCCUGGACUCUUUAUUUUCAUGAUGAUCUUUGCUCUGCCCGUCACAACGGUAGAGACAUACGUCUCCCGUACGCUGGCUCUACCAGAGUAGGAGUGUAUCUGGACCGGCCUGCUGGCACUCUGUCCUUCUACAGAGUGUCCCCAGAUGGAGGAGGGUCCUCGGACACACUGACACACCUCCACACCUUCCAGUCCACCUUCACCCAGGAGGAGCUCCUCCCUGGGUUCAGGGUAUCGUUGCGUGCCUCAGUGUCUCUGUGUUAGUUAUAGUCUCUCACUCUCUCUCUCUCUCUCUCUCUGAGUCUGAGGAUAUACGCAUGCAUAUAUUAACACACACACACAUAUAUAAUAACACAUGCAUAUAUUAACACAGACGCACAUAUAUUAACACAGACACGCACAUAUAUUAACACACACGCGUGCGCAUACAUUGUACACACAUGUGCCCACGCAUGCAAACACACACGCGAGCACGCACACACACACACACACAUCGAAAAAACAAACACACACAUGCUGUAUAAAUACACAUAUCUACAGACACACACACAUAUUAAGACACGCAAACACAUGCGCAUAUAAACACACGCUCGCAUGCACACACAUAAACACAUGCGCAUGCACACACAAAACGCUUAUAUGAACACACACACGACACGUAUAUAUGAACACACACGCGCCCAAACUCACACACACACACUCAUACACAAAUUAUAUAAAUACACACAAACAUGCAUAUGUAAACAAACGUAUACGCACACAGACACACGCACACACACACACAUUUUGAACACUCAAAUAUACACACAGACACACACAUGCGCAGUUGCGCACACACAUACACACAUGCAGAUAUGAACACACACACACACACACCUAGAUAUGAACACACCCUGUGGCAACCCGCCUUCUAGAGUGAACCACCUCCUCCCCAAAUAAGACACAACAUAGCUGGCAAAAAGCCAAAAAGGCAUGUUAAGUCCUAAAUCAAACAAAGUCUCAUACUGAAAAUAAUACAAUUUGGGGGCCAUCUGGGGGCAGACUGCUUCCAGGGGUGCUGGGCCGAAUCCGGAUCAUCGAUCAAUCAAUAUUGAUUGAUGGUUAAUCUUAACAUGUUUAUACUACAAUAUUGUUUAUAUUUUCAGACAUUAACAGUUUCAUACAAGGGCUCUGAUAUCAGUUUAUAUUUUGAUAAGCAGCGGUGCACGCGCAGUGUGUGCGCGUGCAUGUGUGUGUGUGUGUGUGUGUGUGUGUGCGCAUGUGUGCGUUUCCGUGUAUGUUCAUACGCAUUUGCGGUGUGUGUAUGUGCGUGCUUGGGGUGUAUGUAUGCGUUUGCGCGUGCUGUGUGUGUGUGAGAGCUGCAGGCUGCUUGGCACAUGCGCACAUGACUAACUUGAGUAACUGGUGCGACAGGCCUGCUAUUAUAGUAGUAAGAUAUUCAUAAUGCAAGUGGUCUGGGAAAAGCUAUUGAUCAUGUUGUGAUUAAUUUAAACUGAGUAUUGAUUGCUUCUGUUCUGGUGGGAACAAUACAGCAGCAGAACAUGUUCAGUUAAAAUAUGUGCACACCUGUUUAUGAUUAGUAAUGUCUGCUGCUUCUAUUGUUUGAGUCCUUGUGUUUAUUGCAUUAAUGUAAGGGACUGUUCUUCUAUUUUUUGAGUCCUUGUGUUUAUUGUGUUCAUGCAAGGGACUGUUCUUCUAUUGUUUGAGUCCUUGUGUUUAUUGUUUUCAUGUGAGGGACUGUUUUUCUGUUUGGUUAAUACAGCAUGAUGGUGAUGAAACAA